CCCAACAAACUCUUAAACCACCACCAACCACCAAACACACAAUUAGUAAUCUUCUCUAAUUAUAAUAUAAUCAACCACCAUUUUCAUCUCCUUAAGCAAAAAUGAAUGUUUCCGAGGCGUUUAAAUCGAGGAGUAUUAAGAGUAUGAUUGGAGAUCAUCUUCUUCGGAAUGGCUUGUUAAGAUUAAGUUAUGAUCAAACUAGAAAAACAUCCACCGUUAAACUAUUGCCUGGACUUUCUCCAAGCAAAGUGGAUGGAUCUUUGAUCAUUUCAAAACAACGUAAAGUGGAAUCAGUUUUUACCAUGAUGAACAAAUUAGUAAAAGGAAAACUGAGUUUCGUUGGAGGGGUUGAUAAAAUAUUCAAAGGAAUAUUUAGUGUACGUGAAGGAGAGAAGUUGUUGAGGGCUUCUCAUUGUUGCUUGUACACCACGGCAGGUCCCAUACCCGGCCGCCUCUUCAUCUCCACCGAGAAACUCGCCUUCUGCAGCGACAAGCCUAUCGCGAAAAUCUCCUCCGCUACUGCCGGAGAACCUCUUAGGUUCCAUUACAAGAUAGUGAUCCCAAUAAGGAAGAUAGAAAGAUCGAACCAAAACGAGAGCAUGAAAAAACCAUCACAGAAGUAUCUAGAAAUUGUGACAACAGACGAGUUUGAGUUUUGGUUUACGGGAUUCCGAUCGUACAAUAAAACAUUCAAAUGCCUUCAACAAGUUUGCAGUCUACCAAAACUUAACUUGUUGACUUCAAGCUAGUUAAUUAGUACUACGUAUAAUUCAAGUAGAUCAAUUGAUCGAGUUCUUAUGUAAAUAUAGUAUGGCUAGUUAUGUAAGUUCUUCUAUAUAGGAUAAUAGGACGGUAAGAGAAAUAGUAGUUUUCGAUCCCUUAUAGGUUAAGGUAGAAGAUGAGAUUGUAUUAUAGUUUAUCCUUUAUUAUAGUAUUGUAUUCUUUGUAGUAAUUGAAUUGAUAUAGAAUUCUUGCUAUUUAAGAUUUGUAAAAAGUAUUCGAAAUAAAACUAUCUAUAUAUAUUGAGCCUACAAUUAUUUA